AUCAUAUCCUACUGCCGUUUGCCCCAUCAAUUCGGUUAGGAGACAUCAGCCAUGGGUAUCAGCAGAGACAGUCGCCACAAGCGCUCGGCCACCGGUGCCAAGCGUGCCCAGAUCCGCAAGAAGAGAAAGUUCGAGCUCGGUCGCCAGGCUGCCAACACCAAGAUUGGUGCCAAGCGCAUCCACACCGUCCGUGUUCGUGGUGGCAACCUCAAGUUCCGUGCUCUCCGCCUGGAAGCCGGCAACUUUGUCUGGGGCUCUGAGCAGGUCGCCCGCAAGGUCCGUGUUAUCCGCGUCGUCUACAACGCCUCCAACAACGAGCUUGUCCGCACCAACACCCUCGUCAAGGGUGCCAUUGUCGAGAUCGAUGCCACUCCCUUCCGCCAGUGGUACGAGGCCCACUACGCCACCCCCCUCGGCCGCAAGUCCAAGAAGGGUGUCGCUGACUCUGAGGAGGUGAACAAGACCCGCUCCAACCACGUUACCCGCAAGGUUGAGGCUCGCAAGGCCCUCGCCAAGGUCGACCCUGCUCUUGACGAACAGUUCGUUGCUGGUCGCAUUCUGGCUCGCAUUUCCUCCCGACCCGGCCAGUCUGGUCGUGCUGAUGGAUACGUCCUCGAGGGCAAGGAACUCGAGUUCUACGUCCGUAAGCUCAAGGCCAAGAAAUAAACUCGCAGCUGUGUGUGAUGUUUAUAGUAAGCUUCUUCUCCAUCUGGAUCAAUAAUACAUUGAUUCGUGCCGUCACAGCA